ACAAAAUUCAGUCUCGAUUGUGCUUCCAAACGAUAAAAACGAUAGAAGAGAUAAAUAACAGUGCUCGUAAAUAACAGUCAGUGUGUUUCGUUUUUGAAAAUUUCGUGUAGUAAAUUCGGUAUAGUGAAAUAAAGCUGGCGCUUUGCAUUAAACUAAAUGAAAUAUUGGAUUUAUUGCACUAAGCUUGUCUAAAACUUCAUUUUAUAAAGAAUAAUACAAAAUCAGAGAUUGUGCUGAAUUGAACACAAUAUGCCACCCAAUCAAUACGGCUCUGAACCAAAAAAUGUUGAUGUAGACGACCGUUCAACAUCACUACAACAACAACUGAAAAUACCGCGUGACUACCCGAAUGCCAAUCCAUACGAUACAAAACCUGGAGAAAAACCUUACAAACUGGAAAUUGUGUGGCGCAAUGUAUUUAUAUUCGCUUAUUUACAUGUUGCAUGUGUGAUUGCAACCUAUAUGCCCAUUGGUGGUAGAGAGAUAUUGUUCGGGUUUAUGUACGGUUUCAUUGGAUCGUAUGGCAUUUCCGCUGGUGCACAUCGUUACUGGGCACAUAAGUGUUACAAAGUGACCCGUCCAUUGUAUUAUAUUCUGUUGUUUUUGCAAACUGUAGCUCUACAAAAUUGUGUUAUCGAAUGGGUGAGAGAUCAUCGGGUACAUCAUAAGUACUCGGACACCAAUGCUGAUCCACAUAAUGCGAGCCGUGGAUUUUUCUUCUCCCACAUGGGCUGGUUGAUGUGUAAGAAGCAUCCGGAUGUGUUAAAGUAUGGAAAGCGAAUCGACAUGACUGAUCUGACGUCGGAUCCGGUGUUACGAUUUCAGAAAAAGUACUAUGUUCCUUUAGCACUUUUCUGUACAUUUCUCCUGCCAAUUUCCCUAAGUAUGUACCUUUUCGAUGUACCCUUCUGGAAGGCUUACCACUGGCAUAUUUUACGCUACGUCGUAACAUUACACAUAACCUGGAGCAUCAAUAGCGUCAGUCACAUUUGGGGCAGUAAACCAUUCGAAAAAGACAUUAGACCUACGGAUACCUAUGCUAUCGGAUUCAUGGCAUUCGGCGAGGGUUGGCACAACUAUCAUCACGUCUAUCCGUUCGACUACAAAGUUUCGGAAUUGCCGCGCUAUUGGUGCAAUUUCACUAUUCCUUUCAUUGACUUCUUUGCGUGGUUGGGAUGGGCGUACGAUUUAAAGACAGUGUCUGAUGAAAUGGUUCGACGUCGCGUUCUGCGAACAGGAGACGGUAGUCAUCGAUACUCAAAAGAGGAGAAGUUGAAAACGGCAAAAGAGUUGGUUCAAGCCUACACGGAAAAGUGUAACGAGGAAGAAGAAGAACGUCUCAGACAAAAUGUCGCCCGUAUACGUGAUCAUUACUGGGGAUGGGGCGAUGACGAUAUGCUGCAAGAAGAUAUUAAUGAUAUUAAGACAAUUAAUCCGAAAAGCAAAUAGUUGAAACAGAAUAAAAACCUCAUCAAUUCAUAAAA